AUGUUAGCCAAGGGUAACGCGAGGAUCUGCGCCCUCGGAGAUCACUGCGGGAUCUCUACCGCAGCCACCUUCUGCCACGUGAAGCAUUUUAUUUCCACCUUCCUGCAGCCAACGAAGAGAGACCGCCCCAUCCUUCACACCAGCUCAGGGGACCCUCCAGCACUACAACACAGUAGGACGUCUCAUAACCGCAGGGCGCGCCGGAGGGGGAGGUCGGGCCUCAGCGGGGUGAACGGACACGGGCCCGCCCUCGCCGCCGAGGUCGGAGGAAGCGGGCAGACCCCAGGAGGGGCCCUCCACCGCCGGGGGCAGCGGGCAGGCCUGUCCGGGGGCGGAAAGCCAGGCCACCCCGGGGCAAGCCCUCUCCUCUUCCCUCCCCAGAGGACGGAGGAAGCGGCGGCGCCGCUCCCGGGAAGCCACUUUCCCCGGGAACCCCGGCCUCCACGAGGGUCCUCACCCACCCCGGUACUCACGGCGCUCCGCGGCGGCGAUGCUGCCCAGCCGCCCCGCCGGGCCGCUUCCACUUCCGCUUCCGCCAGGAGGGGCCGCCGGGCCGCUCCAGGCUGCAGGCGGGGAGGAAGGGGCGCCAGCCGCGCCGAGUACCGCGGGGCACGGGCGAGGGCGCCGCCUGGCGGCCGGGAGGACCGGGCUGCGCGGAGCCUGGGGGGGGAGUGCGUGGAACCGGCCAGGACCUUCACACCGACUGUUGAUUCUUGUCUUUCAGCUCAGGGUCACGGUGCCAAAGGGGACAACAUCUACGAAUUUCAGAUCGAGUUCCUAGAACCAGUUGAGCCUAAACCUGUAUGCAGGGUGACUCAAAGGCAGCUGAACAUCACUGUGCAGAAAAAGGAGAGUAACUGGUGGGAGAGACUCACCAAGCAGGAGAAGCGCCCACUCUUCCUAGCUCCUGACUUUGACCGCUGGUUAGACGAAUCGGAUGCUGAAAUGGAACUGAAGGAAAAGGAAGAAGAAAAGAUUAACAAAAUGAAAAUAGAAUCCAGAGUCCCAAAAGACCCUUUCAAACACCUGAAGAAGGGAUACUUAAUCAUGUAUAAUCUUGUACAGUUUUUGGGAUUCUCUUGGAUUUUUGUGAACAUGACAGUACGACUGUUCAUCUUAGGAAAAGAUUCCUUCUAUGAUACUUUUCACACUAUCGCUGACAUGAUGUAUUUCUGUCAGACCUUGGCAUUAAUGGAGAUCGUGAAUUCACUAAUAGGACUAGUGAGAUCACCACUGAUACCUGCUGUAGUUCAGAUAUUUGGAAGAAACUUUAUUUUGUUUGUUGUCCUUGGAAGUGUAGAGGAAAUGCAGAGCAAAGCUGUGGUGUUCUUCGUAUUUUAUUUCUGGAGUAUCAUUGAGCUGUUCAGGUAUCCAUAUUACAUGCUUUCAUGUAUUGGUAUUGAAUGGAAACCACUAACCUGGCUCCGUUACACUGCCUGGAUCCCUCUCUACCCUUUAGGAGGCUUGGCAGAAGCUGUCUGUAUCGUUCAAUCCAUUCCAAUCUUCAGUGAAACAGGGAAAUUUAGUCUGGGACUGCCAAAUCCACUGAACGUCACAAUCCAGUUUUCAUUUUUGCUUCAAAUAUACCUUAUAGCCUUGUUUUUAGGGGUAUUUGUAAACUUCCGUCAUCUCUACAAGCAGCGGAAACAGCACCUCGGACCAAAGAAGAGAAAGAUGAAGUAAAGGAGGACUGCAACUUUCUUAUCUAACUUAACUCAGUGACAAGAUAAGCCUCUAAUUCUUAUGGUUUUACCCACUGUAAUGUAAAGAAUUUUGUAAAAUUAAAUGAUCACGCUAGAUUUCAUAGUGAAUUCAGGUAACAUUCCCAUAUACUGUAUUUUGUUCUCUUUCGAUCAUGUAUGCAUGAUUUACCAUUGAACAAUAACAUUUAAACUUGUAUCCUGUCAACUGCCAUAUUAGAAAGAAAUCCUAUUAUCUGCAUAUAAUAUGCUUAUAAACAGUGGAGCAGCACUAAAUAGAAAUAGUGUUUAACUUUUAAUUGGAUAUUUGCUCUUUCAAUAUUGCAUGCAGAUAGGGCUUCUGAUGUCAGGAUAUACUAUUAGCUGGCCCGUGCUGUUCCUAGGGUGCAUCUUGAUGGCAGGAGGAGCACAGUCUGAGACCACUGUGAACAGCGUUUGGGUGUUAAUUAACGGUUGGGGUAAAAUUGCUCAGCACACCCCACCACUUCUGCAGCAUACCGAUGCUGCAGAAU